CGGUGUCCAAAUUUCUUAAACGGAAGUUUAAAGUUCCUAAGCAACACAGAGCACAAUUGUGUUUGGCGCAUACGGGAAAACAUGGCUGCCGCAGUGGCAUCACAGGCCCAAGGCAUUGAAAGUAAAAUCAGGACUCUUGCACAAACCAAACGCAUCAGGAUCAAAGACUAUUUUCAAGAUUUUGACAAGCUUAAAGGAGGUGGAGUCACAGAGAACCAGUUCUUCAGGUGCCUGUGCAGUGCUUUGGGUUUGCAGAUUGACUCAAAAGAUGCUGAAGCUCUUAAACAAAGAUACAUGAGAAAUGAUGGCUUGCUUAAUUACAUGCAAUUCUGUAAUGAAAUUGAUUUAAAUUUCAACCCCAAAAACCUGAAAAGGGACCCCAAAGAACAAACAGUUGAAGUCCCAGAGUUUCUUGGAACAAUAAGAUCCGUCAGACCACUGAGCGCUAGUGAAGAACAAAAAUUGUUAAUGCUCCUGGAGAGAAUGCAAAAGUUCUAUCAGUAUCAUGGAAUCAAUCUUAGGACAUGCUAUGAGGAUUUUGACAGACAUCACAUGGGGGUUGUAACUGAAAGCCAGUUCCAUAGGCAAUUCCCAGGCCCACCCGAUGUAAAUGACAGUGAGAUGGCACUGCUGGUUCAAAAAUAUAAAGAUCCAGAGAAACCAGGUCUGCUAAACUAUUUAAAUCUCCACCAUGAUCUGGUGGCCAUACAACAACAAAUUGCUGCCCAGAAAGAAUUACCACCAGUGAGAUCCCAGAAACAAAUGGACCAUGUUCCCAUCAUUCAAACUGGAGACCCAGCAUUGAACGAGAUUUUUGAGAAAAUCAGGGUAGCUGUGUUUAAAAAUGGAAUCAGAACAACAGAAUUCUUUCGGGACCAUGAUAAGUUGAGGAGUGGAAUUGUAACAGAGAGUCAAUUCAAGUGUGGCCUGGCCCUGGCAGUGGGGAAGGAGGCCCAGCUGUCCCGAGCAGAAAUCCAGAAAGUUGUAGAAUAUUACAGGGUUGCUGAAGACAGGGUCCAAUACAGAGAGUUCUGUGAUAUGAUGGAAAAUGCUUUCAACAUCCCAGAUCUGGAGAAGAAACCUUUACAAAAUGUUGUUCGUCCUCAGCGGGGUGCAUUGUCUAGGACAUUAAAAGCAUUAACUGAUGAAGAGGAGAGACAAUGUGAAGAAGUUCUGCAAAAAAUUAGAGAGCAAGUCCAGAGGAGGCGGUUAAUGAUAUACCCCUACUUCAAAGAUCAUGACAGGGGUGUGGCCUACACUAGAGUGGUUACCCCAACACAGUUUUCCCGAGUUCUUCACUACCUGAGCCUAAAUGUCAACCCAGAGGAACUUAAACUUCUGCUGAGAAAAUUCCAGGACCCUGCUAGCGGUGAUGUCAACUACCCAGCCUUUGUUCAGACAGUAGAUAAAGAAUUUGUUGGCCACACCUUGGAGGAUGUGAGUAUGAUUGACCAGACAAGAACUAAUGUUCCUGUGGUAGAGAAAGAAGUAACAGCUGCUGAUAGCAGUGUGUCAUUUGAAGAGAUGAUGGCCAGAAUCCGCCAUAUUGUGCUUACCAACCGUCUCAGAGUGAUUGAAUUCUUUCAAGACUAUGAUCCUCUAAGAAGUGGCUACAUUAGUAAGCAGCAGUUCAAGCGAGGCUUGGCUGUCAUGGGGCUGAGUAAGCUCGGCUCUCAAGACCUCACUGAGGGACAGUUUCAGAUGCUGGCUAAAUAUUACGAAAAUCCCAAGUCUCCAGACAAAGUCUGCUGGAAGCAGUUCCAAGAUGAUGUAGAAACAGUUUUUACACAGCCAGGCCUGGAAAAAGCCCCUACAUAUCAGGUGCCCAAGUCAGAGAUGUUCAGAGUUCCCAAACCUGGCACAGUCAAUUGGGAAGGAGCUGGGCAAGACCAUGCUAACCUGGUGGCAGAAACCAUGAACCGCCUCCAACAGAAGGUCAACCAGAGAAGGAUCCUGUGUAAACCUUGCUUUCAGGAUUUUGAUAGGCACAAUAAUGGUCAUGUGACUAAGACCCAGUUCCGUCAAUGCUUGACCUACUUACAACUGCAUGCCAAUGAAGAAGAAAUGAAAGCCUUGGAAGCAAAAUUCUGCAAUGACAUGGGCUUCAAUUAUAUUGCCUUCCUGCAGGAACUUCAGCCCUACACACCUCCUGACUUCAUGUAUGAGAAGAGAUUGGAAGAAGUCCGCCUGACCAACGCCAAGACCAAACUGCCUGAAGUGGACCCCGUCCCUGAUCUCGAGGGUGUACUUACAAAGGUCAAAACCAAGGUAUCCAGAGAGAGACUCAGGGUACUAGAUUUUAUGAAGGAUUAUGACAAACUCCGUUCUGGUCGGAUGCUGAAGACAUCAUUCAGGAGAGCCCUGGAUCUAUGUGGAUUUCAGCUGAAGGAAUCAGAAAUCUGCAUUCUGGAGGAUAGAUACCAGUCUAGAAAGGAUCCGGAUUAUGUGGAAUAUACCCAGUUCUGUGACGAAGUGGAGUCUAUUUUCACAUUUAAGGAGUUGGAGAAAGCCCCACUCCAGGAAGUCAUCCCAUUUAAGCCACCCGAGGAAUGGAAACUCAACUCAUUCAAGAGUGAAGAAGAAAAGCAGAAAUUUGAAGUAGCUAUGCACAAAAUUGCUGAAAAGGUUAGGAAACAUCAGAUGCAGUUAUUCCCCUUGUUUGAGGAUUAUGACAGAGUACAUCGUGGCUGUGUAUCAGAAUCUCAGUUCCACCGAGUCCUUACCGAGCUUGAGUUAGGAAGUCUCGUCAACAGACAAGAAAUCGAACUCAUUUCUAACUGUUUCCUCAUCACUCAAGGCCGUAGGGAUGUUUACUACAUCGGUUUCUGUGAUAUGAUUUAUGAACUUGCUAAAUUUGAGUGGAGAAAACCAUAGAUAACAGUUAUAUAUCUUAAA